UGGCUUUUAUUUUAGUCGUUUUUUGGAUUGAAAGUAUGGAAAUCAAUUUUAUUCUGUACACUUGUUGCUUUCUUUCGUAUUUCGUGUCAUCGAACGCGAUCGACGAUGGGUCUACAAAUGUCACAAAUCUAUCAGUUCAAUCUGAUGGUACAGCUAGUGAUAUUUUAAAUAUAUUGGAAGAUGUGUAUUUUGACGUGGGUAUUGAAGAAGAUAAAGUGUUGGUGCUUGGAAUAACGGGUGUGGGAAAAAGUUUUGUCUCCUGUCUCUUAAUAGGUGAUGAAACUUUAGAAGCAAUUGAAGGAGAAUAUUACGAAUUAAUUAUAAUUGAUAAAAAUGGACGUGUAAGUACCGGUCCAAUAACGCAAUCGAGAACAGUGGCGCCAGAUAGGAUGACAGAUGGCCAAUACACAUACUUCGACUGUCCUGGAUUCGAUGAUACAAGAGGCAUAGCCAAUGAUAUAUCUGUAUCGUACUUUAUUAGACGAUUGCUCGAUGCUGCAAAUACACUAAAAUUCGUAUUUAUUAUCAAUUAUACUGCCCUGUUUGGUGGUGAACGUAAUGCAUUUACCGAUUUGGCAUUACAUGCGACAACAAUGAUACAAAAUAUAACGAACUAUCAACACGGUAUGAUGCUAAUCGUGAAUAGGAGUCCAAAUGAAAGACGAAAUGGACAAUUGAUUCCUGAUGAAACAUACAUUCUACGUAUUAUCAGUGCCCUGGAAGCAAUUAGAACCCAAAAACUUGGCGAAAAUGAUGCAAGCACUAAUGCUGCAACUAUUGAGCAAAAUAACAAUAUUAUUGAAUUUAUCGAUGUUAUUUUGAAUAAAGAUAAUACUAUUGGAAAUAGGAAAAUAGGUAUUGUGCGUGAAGUAGAAGAUAUUGGGUUGAUCAAUGAUAUGGAAAUAUUCCAAACACAAAGAGAAUUUCUAAAACAAAUUAUUAAUCAGAAUCUUCAAUUUAUACCGAAAAAUGAUGAAGAUUUCGAUCAUACAAUUUCCGAUCGUUCGAAAUUAAUCUUGUAUCAGCAAUACGAUAUCGUUCACGUAAACCUUCAAUCGGCAAUGGAUGACAUUGCCAGGCAAAUAAAAUAUUUCGUUAUUAAAGUGGAAAGAGACAAUUCGGAUAUAACUGUUAUACGCGAUCAAUUGAUUGAGUUGUACGCAAUUAUAAGAAGCAUUCAAUUUACGCCUGGACCACGUUCAUUCGUUCAACAAAUUCGUACAGACCUAUUACAUUAUGGCGUGCUUACUAUACCAGAAAUCAUGUCGACCGAUGUUAUGUCCGAUGAAUUUUUCGAUAUAUUGGAAACAUUAUUGAUCGAAAGUGAUUUUUCACAAAUAUAUGGAAUAAAUCUUGUUGGGCAAGUCGACUUUUUAACAACAUCUCGAAGUUGGUACGAUUUUUUAAUAACUUUGGAUUCAAUAUUGUCAAGAUCAUCUAACGAAAUAGAUGCACAAGAGCUAAUGAACAAUUGUAAUAUUAGGGAAGACGAAGAGAGAUUUGUGGAAAAUAUAAAAUUAAAAGAAUUUUUAGAUAGCAUUCAUGAAUCUCAUCUCUACAGAGAAUUUGAAAACGCUGUAGUAAAUCACUUUGAACUGAAGGCAUUGAAAAAUGUGUUACAAAUUCACUUGGUGGGAAACCCAGAUAUAAAAUGUCAAUCAAAAGAAAUGACUGUAACGGGAUAUAAAUUGAGAAUGAGUGACAUUUUGAAUAGUCCAUGUUGGGAAGAUGCGACAUACAUUGAAAUAUUUGCAAUAAAUCAACUAUUCAUCGACCAAGAUAUUGAUAAAGUCGGAAAAGUUGUUCAACUUUCCAUAAUUGCACCAGUUUGGAACAUUCCAUCUGCACAAACACUGAACUUAGCUGGUGAAGAUGGUGACAAAAAUGAACAAAAAGCUCAGGUGGGUAUGAAUGGAACAACUGGAGAAACAGGCGGAUCUGGUGGCAAUCUCAUAGCAAUAUUAAAUGAAUGCGAAAACGAUCAUUUAUUAUCAAUUGAUACAACAAGUGGACAUGGUGCGCAAGGACAAGACGGUGGUGAUGGAAAGAGUGGAGAAAAAGGAGAAGAUCCACCUUAUCCCUCACGUAUUACUAAUAGUGCUCUUCAAGCACAAUGGACAAGGCUUGGUUUCAAAUACAUUUUCAAAAAAUCUUGGAAACAUUCACAUUCAACAUUCCACCAAUACAAGGUUUGGGGAUUACCAGGUACAAGUGGCUUAAAAGGAGCCAGUGGUGGCGACGGCGGCAUAAAUCCCAGCAAUGGCAUUUUAAAAUUAAUUUUUUUAAAUCGGGAACAAAACUUUAACAUACACGAUCGUGGAAUGGCAGUGAGUCUUCCGGGCCAUCCUGGUUUGGGUGGACCCGGCGGCAGGGAUGGUGAUACAUGUAUCAUAAACCAUGAAUAUUAUAACCGAUGGGGUAAUAUAGUCAAUACUGUUUAUUAUAGAACUACAUUAGAAUCCAGCGAACCUGGUGAAAUUUCAGCAAGUAGUGGUGAAGAAGGAACAUCCAAUCCCCCGAACACUAAUAUAACAAUCAUUGACACAAUGCAAAAGAAGCCGUUCUACGCAGUGAAUAGUUUUAAGAGUUUCGCUCGUGCGAAGCUAGUAGAAAAUCCGAAUGAGAUGAGAUUGCGUGAAUUUUUAUCAAAAAUUGAUGAUUCGGUUGAAGUACAUCAGUCUUACAACCUAAUUGGGUUUUUGAAUGAGUUUGAAUCGAUUGAAAAACAGUUUAUCGAAUUAAAGAAUUUCAUAUCAUUUACACCCUUCCUUCGAUCAUUGUUAAAUCGAGUUGAGUUAUAUAACUCAACGGGCGGAAUCCAAACUGAAAAUGAUAAAAAAGUUUUCCGAUUUUUAUAUACUGCCAUAAUGUCAAAAAUUAAUUCUUUAAACGAAAAGGCAAUAACCAUAGUCAAUUUAGAAAUAUAUCUAAAUGUUAUUCUGAAUAACAUUGAAGAAUCGGAUCUUGUACAACAAAAAUUAAACAUUGCAACUGAACAACAAAGAUAUCAAAAAAAUCUGGACGAUAAAAUCAACAUGGCAUCGGCAUUAAUAAAUAGUGAAAUCAAUCCGGCAAUCCAAAAUAUUUAUAAUAGAAUUGACGGAACCAUUCUUGAUUUGAUCGAUAGUAUAAUUCAAGAGCAACAAAAUACGCAACAGGACAUCGAGACUGCAAGACGAAUUGAAAAGCAAUUACGUGCAAAUCUUUCAAUGCAAAGACUUUUCUUCGGCAUCAAUUUGAUAGUUGGGACAGUUUCGGUUCUGACCGGAGUCGGAGCAAUAGCCGGUGCUCUGAUUUCCACGGGCUUAACAGUUACCCAAAACCUUGCCAUUAAGGAAGUAGAUUCCAUUGACACAUUGAUCAAAAACGCACGAGCGGAAUAUGCAAAUCGAUAUAAACUAUUAGAUACCAAAAUUACCGACAUUCAAAGUUUGUUGUAUGAUUUUUUCAACGCUGAUGCAUCCAAUAGCUUAUUAAACAUUCAACAAAAACUAAAUGAGACAAAAUACAAAAUAAAUGAUGCAAUCAAACAAAAUGACGUAUCCGAUGCGGUUGCCACUGAUCGAUUAUACGAAUGGCAAAAGGAAUGCGAAGAUCUGUUAAAAAAAGAAAAGGGUCUUGAAAGUACAAGCGCGAAACUUUCUGAAAAUUUAAGUAAGUCUAUUCAACUGCUUGAAUUGGGUUUCACUUCAAUAGCGGAAUACAAUAAAAUUAAAAAUAAUAAAGAUCAAUUGGCGAUAGCCGUUCAAAACCGAAAAGCAUUGGAACAAAAAUUGGAGCAACUGGAAAUGCAAGAGCGCCUAGUCUACGAUGCUAUGAUUCCGACGUUGGAAAGAACAAAACUGCUGUUAGAAAAUUUAAUCGCAGAUUUGGAGGGUGGAACACAAGUCGAAUUGGACAUAGGCAAAUGGAACGUUAAAAAUUCACUGGAAGACGUGAAUCGAUUGUUUCAACAAACGUAUGCUGGAUUUGAUGAAAUAACCGAAUUAAAUCGACAUUUAAAUAGUUUAUCCGAAGCCAUAGUAUUGGUGCUGAAUAUUUAUGAUCGAUGCGAAACAAUAUCGGAUCACAAGAAAUUCGCCGAUUAUAUAACGGUACUCGUGUCGAGAAACGACUAUGAUGAAAUAACUGAUGAUCCUGAAUUAAGUAAUGCCGUCAUUCGUUUGAAGGAUUCGAUUUUGACCAAUAUCAUUGUGGAGCGUCAUGAUUGUGCGAUGAGAGCCUUCAAACAGCAUAAAUUUCCAUUUGCUCAACUCUUCUUUUCACAAUUCGAUUUGCCAGCCAGUGAUAAUUUGAAUCUAUUGAGACAGAAUGCAAGGACUCAAGUGAAUAAAAUGAUCGAAAAACUUCAAUUGGACGAUGCAACUGUAAGCGAGGAGUCAAGCAACAUUAUCUCAGAUUCAUACAGCGAAACUUCUAGUCUCACGACGUUAUUUUACGUUUGGAAUCAUGCAGAGAUAGAAAAUGAAAUUGCUGAUUUAUUAAGUGAAAAAGAAAUUGUACUUAACGCCGAUAUUACGAAAAAAUUAAACAAAAAUGCGGUCAAAUUUAAAGAAAUCGAACUCGUCUUCAAAUUAGCAAAUGAAACAAAUCAAAGAGAAUUCAAUUCCUUAUUGGAAUAUUACUUUUUGAAUUUGACUAUGGGCGGCAAUAACUAUUACAGAUGUAAUAACGAAAUCUAUUAUUGCUCGACUGACGAAAAUAUUAUUAUUUAUUACAGUUUGAAGAAAUCCUCAAACGGAAAACCAGAAAAGGACAAUGAAACUUAUAGGAAAAUUAAAGAAGGACCACGGUUUUUUUUGAGUCCAUAUAAUUCAUGGCAUGUUACUUUACAGGUUGAACCGACCAAGAGAUCGUUGUAUCGAAGUCAAAUUGAAAAAUUAAAAACAUUCCAAAAUGAAACCAUCGAUAUUGAAUUGAGGGGUCGCGGUCAAUAUGUAAGACAAAAUUCAGUCACUUCGGACAAAUAUUGUACACCAUCAUUGGCAAACUAUUAUAAAAGCAUAAUCACAUAUUAAUUUUGGCAAAUUAUGUAAAUGAAAUGUUUUUCAAAUGCUUCUAAAUGUUCUUGACUUUUAACGAGAGAAACAUUCUUUAUUCUUUUCAAGCUAAUUCAACAAGAAUUAAAUUAGCUUCACUGAAACCAUAAAUAAAUGAAAUUGUUUCUUCCAAAUA